GUCGUGGAAGGAAUCAUGGGAACACGGAAGUAUGAUUUUUAACACCAACAGAUCAGUGCAGCAGAUAUCGUGAACGUUGAAGUAAUUAAUUAUAAUACACAGGGCAGUCUGCAUUGGCACAGAGGAGAUGGUGAAAGGCAAAUUCUUCUACGCUGUGAGGAAAGGAUUAAACCCUGGAGUUUACCAAACUUGGGAUGAAUGUAAGAAACAAAUUGACAAGUUCCCACAUGCCAGCUACAAGAAGUUUGCUGCUGAAAAGGAUGCCUGGGCUUUUGUCAGAGGCGAAGCAAGGUCGAUAACACCAGACGUGUCAGAAGGAACCAGCUAUGAGGCAACACUCCCACGAAGGGCCCCGGAGGCCCUUGAGUAUAUUCCCAUUGGUCAGAAGAGACACUAUAAUCACGUGGAGGAGGAAGAGAAGGAGGUGGUGUCCCCUGCCAAACGAGCUAAACCUUCCCAGGAGGCAUCUCAAGACAGCUGUGCAUCUUCAAAGAGCUCUGAUGGAUUCACCUACAUGGGUGAUGCAGUGGUGGUGUACACAGAUGGCUGCUGUUCAGGCAAUGGGAAGGCCGGAGCCCGAGCUGGGAUUGGGGUGUACUGGGGACGUGACCAUCCUCUGAAUGUAGCAGAACCGCUGGAUGGAAGACAGACCAACCAGAGGGCAGAAUUACAGGCAGCCUGUAAAGCCUUGGAGCAGGCCAAAGAGAUGGACAUCAAGAAGUUGGUGCUCUAUACAGACAGCAAGUUCACCAUUAAUGGCGUCACCAGCUGGGUGAAGAACUGGAAGCUGAACAACUGGAGGCUCAAAUCUGGUGGCCCUAUCAUCAACAGAGAGGACUUUGAAAAACUUGACAAGUUAAAUGAAGAGCUGAAGGUUGUAUGGGCUCAUCUUGACAUGACCAUCCAGCAUGACAAUGCCACCACGUGCAGAACAAGCAGUCUGAUUUCCUGCAAGACAGGAAUGUCAGUGAUCUGCCAUGGCCAGCGAAGAGCCAGGAUCUCCAUCCCAUUGAGAACGUCUGGGAACUGUUGGAUUGAAGGUUGCACAUCCCAGGCCACGCUGGAUACCUAGGAAACGAGGAGGCUGACAGGCUGUCCAGAGAGGGGGCAGCAAAACGCUCACAUUAGCCCUACAAGAUAACAGCCCAAUAUGUCAUAUUUACUUAUCUUGUUUCUCGGUUAAAUUCUAUCAAAUUGGGAGUUCAAGAAUUAAACAUUCAAGAUUGUUUUGUGUGUGUGGGGGGGCAUUUUAGUUAUCCAGGAUAAUUGUUUGUCUUUUCUGUUGGGCUGCCAAGUUCUUUUCCAAAGAACAAUGUUCUGUUUCUAAGUUUGUUUGUUUUUAUUAAAUAAAGCAUCCUGUCCGAAA